AUGGAUGUGGUUAUUGCUUCGGUUCGUCCUCCUGCCUUGGAUAGUAGUGGGAAGAACUAUUCCUUGUGGAAAACUAGGAUGAAGAUGUACAUAAAAUCCAUUGAUGAACGUGCCUGGGCUGUUGUGUUGGAUGGAUGGACUCCACCGCGUGUUACUGAUGAUGUUGGCAACAUUACUCCUAAACCAGAAAGUCAAUGGAGUGCAGAUGAACGACUUAUUUCUAGUCACAACUCCAGAGCUUUGAAGGCUAUUUUUAUCUCAGUUGAUGUUCCUUGUUUUCGCCUGAUCUCUAACUGUGUUGAAGCUCGCGAUGCUUGGUUUAUUUUACAGGAACAAUGUGAAGGAUCAGCAAGUGUUAGAGCAACAAAAUUACGAAUGUUGACUACAAAGUUUGAAAUAUUGAGGAUGCAUGAAGAUGAGACUAUUCCAGCAUAUUAUGAGAAGUUGUGUGAGAUCUCAAAUGAGACACUUGGUCUUGGAAAACCAAUCAGCAACGAGAGACUUGUAAGUAAAAUGUUGAGAUCACUUCCGGAAAGGUACAACAUGAAAAUUUCUUCCAUUGAAGCAACUGCUGAUGUUACUUCGAUUAGAAUUGGUGAUUUGGUUCGUAAGUUAGUAACAUUCGAGACGAAUCUUGAGCAGCAAAAACCCGGUUACUAUCUUAAGAAUGUUGCUUUUCAUGUUGACAAAUCUGCUUCUGCGAUUGAUGUUACCGAUAAUGUUGAGAGCGCAGAUGUUGAUCUGGAAGAUGAUGAUGAUGUUAAUCUUGUCAUGUUGGCCAAGACCUUCAACAACAUGAUGAAGUCUCUGAAUAAAGCGAAGAACAAAUCUGGAGGCAAAAGGAUGUCAGUGGGAUCCUCAUUUAACAUUUGUAAUGUUAAGAGGAACUACACUAGUCCAACAUCAGAGAUUAUAAAUGCUGACAACAUUCAAUGCAGGGGUUGUCAAGGCAUGGGUCAUUAUGCAAAUGAGUAUCCUACAGUUGCAAGAAAAAGACAAGCUGGACUUUCACCCGUCCUUAGUUCUUUUUCAAAAUCUGAGGAAGAACAAUUUUUGUGGUCUGUAACUAUUGAUGAGGAUGAAUUGUUAGAAGCUGGAGUGAUAGAAGCACUUGAAGAGCUUGAUGUUAUCUCUGAUGUUGUAUCUGAUGAUGAUACUGAACCAGAUUUGAUGAAUGUUGAUGUUUCUUGCACUGCUGCUGUUGAAGAACAGGUGAUUGAUCCACUGAAAGAAAUGGAGAACAAUGAAGCCUUGUAUGAAGAAGUGGACAAUCAAUGUGGAGAAUUGAUGAAUGACCUUUGUUUGUUGCUGGAUGAGAAUCAAAAGUCGAAAGAUGAGGUUACCAGAAUUGAAGGUCUUUUAACACAACAUGAUGUUGAAUUGGGUAAGCUCAAUAAUGAGGUUGUCAGUGUUGAAAGAACAUUUGAGCAUCUAAACAAAGGUACCUCUGAUCUUAACGAAGUGUUGUCUCAAGUUCAAAUUGGUCAAUGUGGGUUAGGAUACAUAACUGAAGUGCUCAGUAUGUUGAAUGAACAUCACAAUACCACUGUGUGCGCUAAGGAGAGAAAUAUUGGAGUGAUCAUGGAAAAUGUUACUAACAUAGGAUUUUCACAUGAAGAAAAAUCAAAGAGGAAGCUUAAAUCCUAUGCGUGCCAUUAUUGCUCAACUCCAGGUCACAUUAAACCCUACAGUGUUAAAUGCCUCAGUGUUGUUGAUGAUCUAUCUGUCAAACAGAUGUUUGAUAGUUACCAAACGAAUGUUAGUAACAUUAGCAGGUUUAUUUUUGGAGCAAUGUCCAACACUGAAAAAGAUGACGAACCUUGCAAUGUUAUAUACAUAUUUUUACAUGCUAACAUCUCUGAUAGUUGGUAUUUUGAUAGUGGUUGUUCAAGAUACAUGACAGGUUCUGAAGCGUUGCUCACUGACUAUGUCUCAACAAAUGGAGGAAAUGUUACUUUUAGAGCAGGCAUGUUGGUGAAGUUUGACAAGAACAUAUGUGAAGUGUUUGACAACAUCAAUCAAUGUGUGAUGAUGUGUAGAAGAUCCUCUGACAUCAGCUACAAAUCUAAGGAUGAUAACAUUUGCAAUGUUGCCAAGCUGAAUGAUGUCGAGCUGUGGCAUCAAAGUCUUGGCCAUGCUGAUCUCAAAAAUCUCCAGAAGCUCAUUGCAAAUAAUGUUGUUCGUGGACUCCCAAAGUUUGUGAUCAAACGAGAUGUUUUUGAUAAACUGUAUAAAAUGUUUGGUGCACAAUAUGGAAUGAAUGUUGGCAGAAUCAUAAUUUAUCAUGGAAAAGCAUUUGAGAACUUAUUGUUUGAUGAUUUCUGCACUAACCAUUAUUUUCUUCUUGAGUACUCGACUCUCAAAACCCCUUAUCAGACUAGUGUUGCAGUUUGGAAGAACAUGAUACUUCAAGAGAUGAUGAGAGCAAUGUUACAUGCAAAGAGUUUGUCCAAAUGUUUGUGGACUGAAGCAGUCAACACUGCAUGUCACAUUAUCAAUCGAGGUUACUUGAGACCAGAUGAUGAAGAUGUGUCAGUGUUACUGGAAGAACAUGAGGAAUCUGAGCAAACAUCUGAACAACGGACAAAUGUGAAUGUUGACCCAACAUCAGAUGUAACAUCCAGUGACUCAACACCCGAACCUGAGUUAGUUGAAAACACAUCAGACCCAGAUGAUGAACAGGGAAGACAUCUUCUUCAUGACUCCAGCAGGUGCGAUCCUCCAGGACAUGUUAGAAAGAAUCACACCAACACUCAGCUUAUUGGUGAUGUGUCAGAACAAAUGCAAACUCGAAAGAGGAAGGAGACCAGCUACAAAGAUAUGGUAAGGAUUUCAUGCAUGUGA